UCGGAAGAAUUCAUAUAUGUUGUUAGGUUGCUGUAAUUUUUGGCGCGGGUUAUUGUUAGAAUGCCGAAGAAAAUAGUGAUAUUUUGAUGUUUUUCUCAACGUUAUCUGUUAAAAUGGGAACGGAUUAAAGAAAAUGGGCUCUUAGGAUACAUGUGAGCCUGUUUUAUGCUUCAUAGCUUCAUUACUGGAGUCAACAUUUGGAGUUAACGAAGCUGUCAUGUAGGAAGUCAACUGCAAUGAACGGAGAAAUUCCCAGUAUUCCGAUUACUACUCUGGCUGGAGUCUCAAGUCUGACUGACUUGUUACCCCAACUUCCUCUGCCUACACCAUUGCCUCAGACAGUCAACAAUAAAAGCCUGCUGUUUUCACCGAAAAUCUCUGAGGAUGCUCACAAACUUCUUAGUGUGGCAGAUGAAGGACUUGCACAACAGUUGCUUCAUGCUCUGCGACAGGCAUCUACCUCCCAUAUUGAACUUCAAGACAACCUUGCAACAGAGUCGCUAGAAGGAGAGCUGCCGCAACUGCUGAAAUCCAUCCUGAGAAAGGAUCCAAAUGUUUUUAGAACAAGGUCCUAUGACGCUGGAGUCCAACUGCAGCAUCCUCCUCAGAGUUCGUUGCGAUCACAAGGACCGCAGCAUGCAGCAGGGUCACAUCCCUCAUCACCCCAUGUCUACCAGCAGAACACUUCACUGAGGUAUCAAAUGUCACCAUCUCCUCUGAUGCCAAAUCAGAGCAGUUCAUAUGGUCAGCUUGGUAGUCCAUUUGCUGCGACAUCAGCUGGAAUACCUGCCCACUCAUCUCAGCAUCGACCAAACCAUCAACAUUUUAACACAGUGAAUGGUGACUGUUACACUGAAGAUGGGAUGAUGGGUAAUUACGGUCCAAUGCUUCACAGUGUUCAUCAGCAAAAGAAACUUCCAGUCUCAUCACCAGCACAAGCUACAUCAGCAGAGGGUGUUGUACAGCAGCAUGUUCCUCAUCAACCCUCUCCCAGCUAUCAAAGUGGGGAGGAGGUGCGAUUGCGCUUUGCAAAACGAAGGCCUUCAACAGGUCGACAAAGUGACAGUGCUUUUAGUUCACCUUUGGAUAGACACAAUCCUGCCAGCAGAAUUGGAGAUACUAUGGGUGUCAUGGGUAGAGACAGUAUUUUGCAAAAUCCUGUUGUUGGUACUAGCCCUCGUGUUUGUGAACCACGGGUUAUUCUAAAAGACAUUAUGCCCGUUGGGAGACUGGGGCAUGCAGAUGUUGGAAGUAUGUCUCAGAACAAGAAAAAGUCCACUGGGCCCGUGGUUUUGUUGGAGCCACUUGAUUCAGAGACUCUGAAAUCUAUUGCCACAGGUGGCACAGUGAAAGCAGUCUGUGAUAAUGAGUCUCGUAAGCGCAAGCGGUCCCGAGAAGACCCUGGUUACAGCAUCAUGCGUUCAGAUGAUGGAAACAUGUCUUUCCAGGUGUCUCGCAGUAGGAGGGUAGAUAAAGGUCGAGGAGCAAAAAAAAAGCAUUUGCAUAUGGAAGAAAGUGAUGAUGAGUCCUCAGAGUAUAUUGAAAUGGAGGAAGAUGAAGAGGCUGUCAUGGCAAGGAAAAGGAAGAAGGAGAAGCAAAGGCAAAAACGUACUAUGGUAUCAAUCUUAAGCAACGAUGAACUGAUGGAAAGUCCGACUUUCAAGAAGUUCACCAGUUGCAUGGAUUAUGUCUUUGACACUGCUGAGGAAGCAAACCUUGCAGCUAUGGACAUUAAUGAUGAAGACACAGAAUGUCCUCCAGAAAUGCUUGUUGCAAAGGGUGUGUUAGGAGAUGUUUGUGGCGAGUCUGCUAAACUGAAAUCCAUGAAUGUGAUGAAUCAGAUACCUCCAGACAAACUAGUCAGACUGAUGACAAUUCUCUCUUGGAACAUCAAGGAUGGAACAAAAGUUACACCAUUCAUCAACCAGGAAGAGGAUGAAGAAGAGUCCAAACUGUGGCGUGAACUCACAAUGGAACGGGUUAUAAGAAGCAUGGAUGCAUCCUUGACCUGUACUUCAAUCAUGACAUCACCAUUUAUGCACAAGAUGGUAUACUUGGAAGAUGUCAUUGAACGGAUCAUAAUAUAUGGCAAGUUUCAGCUUCAGAACACCAUCUAUCCGGAGUUUGAUCCUGUCUAUAGGGUGGAUCCAAGUGCAAAAGAUGGGUAUCAUGGGAGCUUGAAAGCUAAGAGGGCACGGGCUUCUUCUGUUAAACACAAGUCUACCAUCACUUUGUACAACAAAAUGUGUGAGUUGGUCAGUGGACUGGCUGAGUUACUCGUUAUUCAAGAAAUGACAGACACAAUUAUUUUACAGGUCUCAUCUCUUGGUGUGUCAGCAUUCUUUGUGGAGAAUAUCAGUGAACUUCAGCUCAGUGCCAUGAAAUUAGUUACAACUGUUUUCUCUCAAUAUGACAAACACAGGCAGCUUAUCUUGGAGGAUAUUUUUGCCAGUUUGGCAAGACUUCCAUCCAGCAAGCGCAAUUUGCGCAAUUACAGAUUAAAUGCAGAAGAGUCCAUACAGAUGGUCACUGCACUAGCUUUGCAGCUAAUUCAGUGUGUGGUGAAAUUACCUGGCCAAGAUGACUCCAGACCACCAUCACCAUCAGAAGAUGGCAGAGACUCAAAUAAACAGCCUAAGCCGUGUGGUGAUAGUGAUGUUCUUAUUGUCACCUCCUACGAAACAGCAAUGAGAACUGCCUACAAUUUUUUAACUGUUUUUCUUAAAAAGUGCACAGCUAAAGGGGAGGAAGACUACAGACCACUGUUUGAGAAUUUCGUGCAAGACCUUCUGUCCACUGUCAAUAAACCUGAAUGGCCUGCUUCAGAACUGCUGCUCAGUCUGCUGGGUAGAAUCUUGGUGCAGCAGUUUAGUAGCAAGGCAACAGACACCUCACUCCGUGUAGCAUCACUGGAGUACCUUGGCAUUGUUGCAGCACGGUUACGUAAAGAUGCCGUCACCAGCCAUCUCAGCCAAGAUGCCAUUGAUGAAAUUGUACAAAAGGUAAAUGAGAGCAGUGAUGAAGAAGAUCCAGCUGUAAGAAGAGCAAAGAGAAUACAGAUACCAUCAGCAGACACCACUCAAAGCCUUCAGGAGUCCAUUUUGGAAUAUCUGGCCUACAACGGGCAGAGUGAUCCUGCUUUGCAGUUUGCUAGACAGUUUUACAUCGCCCAGUGGUACAGAGACACUACAGUGGAGGCAGAGAAAAAGAUAAAGGCACAUCAUAACACCUCUGGCUCUGAUGAAGAAGACUUCAAUGAGACAGAGGCAGAAAAAACAACAGAAGUUAUGCAGAAUGUUGAAAAACGAAAAAGUUUUCUGCUGUCACAGAUAGCCUCUAGCCACUCUGCACUCUCAUCCAUCCGGCCCUCGCCAAGUAAGCUUGACUAUGAAAGGGCAUGUUUGGUGGCAAGAUAUCUCUCCUCAAAGCGGCCGUUCGCUCAGAGCUUUGACAUUUAUCUCACACAGAUUCUGAAGGUAUUGAGUGAAACAGCUGUGGCAGUGAGGACCAAAGCCAUGAAGUGCCUGGCAGCCGUAGUAGAAGCAGACCCUGGCAUUCUUGCUCGAAAUGACAUGCAGCGAGGUGUCCAUGGUCGUUUCCUUGACCAGUCGACAUCUGUUCGAGAGGCAGCAGUUGAACUUGUUGGCAAGUUCAUCCUUAUCCGUCCAGAACUUAUUCCACAGUACUAUGACAUGUUGUCAGAGCGUAUAUUGGACACUGGCAUCAGUGUACGCAAGCGUGUCAUCAAAAUAUUUAAAGACAUCUGUAUCGAACAUCCUGAUUUUGAUAAAAUCCCUGAGAUGUGUGUCAAAAUGAUCCGAAGAGUUAAUGAUGAGGAAGGAAUCAAGAAACUGGUUAAUGAAGUGUUCCAGACAAUGUGGUUCUCUCCAGUCAGUACACGAGAUCGGGACUCCUCCAAGUUACUUCAAAAGGUUAUGAACAUUACAGAUGUGGUGGCAGCCUCUAAAGAUACUGGUCAUGAGUUCUUUGAGCAGCUUCUAGAAAAUCUGCUGAAAAAAGAUGAAGAUGGCAAUUACAACAAGUCAGCCAUUCUUGCCUGUACACAGAUUGUUGAUUGUCUUGUUGAAAAUGUUCUCAGAAUAGAAGAGAAAGGUGCUGAAAUGUCGGAGGGAAGGAGUACAAGCUCACGGCUGGUAGCCUGCUUUUCCACCCUUUACCUGUUCAGCAAAAUUAAGCCUGACAUUAUGGUCAAGCAUGCUACAACUCUUCAGCCUUACCUUGAUAUCAAAUGCAGCAUUCAAAGUGAUUACUUGGUGCUGCACUAUGUAGCCCGCAUCCUGGAGCUUGUUGUGCCUUUGAUGGAGCAUCCCAGUGAAAUCUUCCUUAUGACCCUUGAGGAAGACAUGAUCAAACUCAUCCUCAAGCAUGGAAUGAUGGUAUUACAAAGUUGUGUCAGCUGUCUGGGAGCUGUGGUUAACAAAGUCAGUCACAACUAUGCCCUCGUCAAAGACUGUUUUCAGAAGUUCUUUGGUGUCUUGUCAAAGUUGAUGGCAGACCAUAAACAAGACAGCGCAAACCAAACCCUAAAGGCACGAAGACCUACACUCAUGCGUUCACUUUUCACUGUUGGGCAACUAUGCAGGCAUUUUGACUUUGACUCCAAGGAGAUGGGGGAGACAAAGGUGUGUGUUCGACAAAAGGUGUUCGAUGUCCUUUUCUACUUUAUCCAUCACGAAGAAGAAGAGGUACAACAUAAAGCUCUCACAGCACUAGGUUUCUUCCUUUGUCGUCACUUUGACUACAUGCUGCAGACGUUGGUGAAAACCAUGUACCAUGACUGUCUAACCAAUGAUUCAGCUCCUGUCAAACUUAGAUGUCAGGUCCUUAAAAAUCUUCAAUUGUAUCUGAUAGAGGAGGAAGUCCAAAUGGCAAAGGCCGAUGCAGACUGGAAAAAACAUGCUAAAGAAGAAGACCUCAAAGAAAUGGGGGACAUACAGUCUGGAAUGGCCAGUACAGUGGUGCAGUUAUACCUAAAGGAAGUCUUAGAAGCAUAUUUCCAUGAGCACCCACAGGUGCGCAUUACAGCUCUAAAUGUAGUGCAGCUCAUUCUUCGGCAAGGUCUUGUACAUCCAGUACAGUGUAUGCCUUACUUAAUCUGCAUGAGCACAGACCCUGAGAACAUGAUCCGAGUCAAAGCUGACCAGCAGCUAGGAGAGAUUGAAAAGAAGUAUCCGGGGUUUACUCAUAUGAAAGCACUUCAAGGUAUUAAAAACUCCUACAAGCUGCACCAAGUCUUGCACAAAAAUAACCCCACAGAGCCUAUCCGAGGUUUUCGGCAAUCAGAUGAGGGACAGUUUCAGGCACAGAAUGGCUUCUUGUAUGGUGUACUGCGUUCAAAUCGUUCACAUCGCAGAGGGCUUUUGACAUCCCUCUUGAACCUGUUUGAUGACACAGGGCUUCAGAGAAUCUCACUAGGUGAGCAAGUAUAUGUGGCGGACAACCUAGCCUUCUUCCCCUACCAAGUGCAGGAUGAGCCUCUCUUCAUCAUUCACCAAAUAGACAUCAUUGUAUCAGUUGCAGGUUCAAAUCUUAUGCAGUCAUUUAAGGAGAACCUCUCACCCUUGCACACUGGCGAGCAGAAUGGUGAGCAGCCUCAGCAGGAUCUAGAAAUCAGGCGGAAAGCUGUUGAUGAUGAUGAUGACGAUAUCGCAGAAUGUCUCCUCAACCGACUGCCCGAUGACAUCAGUCCCUUGCAGGACAUCAUGCAGCAAUCCCAGGGAUGUAUCCUCCUCCUUAUGCUGAAACAGCAUCUGAAGGACAUGUAUGGCAUCACUGAUGGCAAAAUUCAUCGCUAUUCACCUACAGAGGCAGCAAAGGCAUUUGACAAGCCCUUGAAUAGGAAGAAUCAGCUGCGCUUCCAUCCACAGCACACAAUAGACUUACUUCGUUCUGUCUAUGAUACCGACCCAGAGGAGGAUGAGAAAAGGCAAAAGUUGGUUGAUGAGUAUCUUGAGUUCCGAGAUCUGAUGAUGAGUAUCGACCCUACAGAUGAAGAUGACAGUGGAGAUGAGCGCAGCACUGGGCGUGCCACACCAGCACACAGUGGUCAUAGGUCUCCAGCAGAUGCAGAAGCAGGAGGUGAAGGUGACACUGUUGAUGGCAUACAGAUCACAGAAAGACCAUCAGGAGAUGGAGACCUUGUGGAAAAGACAACUAUCUUCACACCCAGGACUCCGAAAUUGUAUAGUGAAAAAAAACGCCGCAACUACCAUCACUCCUCUUCAAACCGCAUACCUAAGAUGAAUAUAAUUUCUUCAACAAUGCCUUCCAGCAAAAACCUUUCCGUAAAGAAAAAACGAAAACGAAGAAAACGGACUGAUGAAAGUGGUGAUGAGGACAGUGAUGACGACCCAGACUUUGUGUUGUAAAGUGUUGUUUUUUAUUCUGUACUGUUGAUGUUCUUGUUGUUUUCUUUGUGUACAUAAGAUAUACAGGUCUUUGUUUAUUUCUGCUGUAAGGAAGUGCAUUUGAUUCAAUAACCUUGGCAGAUAAAGAUAUCUAUUUUAAUCUGUCUGAGAAGAGAGCGUGAGUUCAUUUUCAUUCCUUGUUAAUGUUCCUUGUGUUUUUAAUUCACCUUCAUCUCUCUUAUUUUACAAAUCUGCCAAGUUUUCUGUGAGAGAAAGCAAACUGGAAAAAAAGACAGACAAGUUGAAUACCUUGGGAAGAAACAAAAACUCUGUGUGUAUAUGCAGGUGUAUUAUGUGUAUUUAUUACUGAAGUUUUAUAUUUUUGAAGAUUGUAGAUUCAAGGCCCAUGCAGAGACAUUCUCAUCCCCAAACCACAGUCCAUGUUCAUUGUUUCCAUCCUUCCUAUGGCCAAUUAUUAAGGGAAAAAAAAAGAAAAACGAAAAAAAGCAACAAAUUAAAAAAAAAUGAAUUUA